ACUCACUCACUCACUCUCUCACUCACUUACGUCCACUCUCUCACUCACUCACAUAUGUCCACUCAUUCACACUCCUCAUACACAGUCAAAAGUGGCACGUGUCAGAGUCUUCCUCAUCCUCCUCAUCUUCAUCCUUAUCUGUAUAUACACACCUGGAAUACCUGGCUGAAGCAAAUCCAAUUAGACAGGACUGAAACUCAGUCCUGAAGACUGAAGAAGAUUCUGAAAAAAUCUGAAAAGUCUGAAGAUCCUGUGGACGAAGAAUGAGACGCUGGGGAGGUCACCAGGCUCACCUUGUGCUGCUCCUGGCUGGUGUGGUGGGGUGUGUCCAGGUGCAGGACCGUGCUGUGAUGUUGUCCAAUGAGAGGAGCAGAAUAGAGAGAACCUACGAGCUGACCAAAUACCUGGACCACCAGCUGAAAGAAAUCAAAGACACUUACCUCUCGUAUCUCGGCCCUCCGUUCAGUGACCCCGGCUUCUCUCCACCACGCCCCAACGUCUCCUCCCUGGCUGUUCCCAGUGCUGCUACGAGGGUGGAUCUGUGGCGGGGGCUGGAGAAUGGUGCCCGCCUGGCACAGAACCAACGGGCCUACAGUGUUCUGCUGAGCGCUGUGAGGGAGCUGGCCCGCUCCACACUGUGUCCCUACCUCCAGAGCUCCCUGCUGCAUUUCUGCUCUGGGCUCAGCGGCCUGCUGGGCUCUAUAUCUGGCCUGAUGAAUGCCCUGGGAUACCCUCCAUCCCUGCACGGCAAUGGACCGGCCAAUCAGAGGUACGGCCCUCUGUUGACCUCUCAGCAGAGAAGCAGUCUGAAUGGUCCCGUCCCGCUGAGGAGCAACCCGGCCCGUAACCAGGGUGGGCUGUCUGCUUCUGGGGUCAGAGAGGGGACGCCUGGAGUGGAUGGAGAGAGAAAGAGGGACAGAGAGAGGGACAGAGGGAGGAGAGGAAGAAGGAGAGAAGGAGAGAGCUGGGCAGAAAGAGAAGAAGAGGAGCGGGACGAAGGAUUGGAGAGAUGGGGUGGGAGGAGGAGGAAGCUGCUGGCCGUUGAUGAAGAAGACGACAGUGCGGGUCAGGAAGUCGGAUAUGAGCAAAACAGCAGCAGUAACAACGUGAACAGCACUCACACAAACUAUUUCAGCAAAUACAGUGAGGAUGAAUACAGUAACUUUAAUAGCAAUAACAGCCAGUUUCCCCUGGACGCUCUGCUGCAGACACAGCUAGAGCGGAGUAUAAGCAGAGAAAAAGAAGAAGAAGAAGAGCAACAGCCCAGUGUUCCUCUCCUCUUCUCUGCUCCAUCUCUCCAUCCCAUGCGCUCAAGACGAGCCCUUUCUCCCCCCUCCACCCUCUCCCCCUUCACUCUCCUCUUCCCGGACGCAGUGGGUCAGGGCUCGCUGACUGCGGGACGUCCGGCAUUCAAUGACUUCACGCGGAAAGUGGAGGGCUUCUGGGUGCUGCGGGAGCUGCAGAGCUGGCUAUGGAGGUCUGCCAAGGACUUCACCAGGCUUAAGAAAAGACUCCGUGUGUGAGUGUGUGGAGCACUGUACAAAAGUUUGGAAUCACUGUUGACUGCAACAUUAGAGGUUUUGAUGAACUAGUCAGAAUAAUAAGACAGAAUUCAACAUUUUACAAUAAAACAAUGCUGAUUUGAUCUUGAGCGAUGCCACAACUGACAAGUACUCAGCAUAAUUCUAGCCAGAAUAUUGUCCCUGUCAGACAAGGAAUAGUCCCUGUUGGACAGAUAUGCAUCUGUUAGCCAUUACAAUAUAAUUGACUUUAUAAUACAUAUAUUGCAAUAUAUGUAUUAUAACAUUGCUAUAAAAAGAAACAAUCUUAUUACUAAAUGCAAUCAAGUCCUCACAGCAAUGCCCCAGAAACUAGUAGAAAGGUUUCCUUGGACAUUAGAGACUUUAGAAGCUGCUGUAAGGUUGAAGGGGACUGCUUACUGUUCUUAAAAAAAUAAAAAUACUGAAAUUCAAUGUUGAGGAAACAGUAGCUUGGGCAUCAGUUUAAAUGGUGCUGUCUGUUUACAAAUAAAACAAUGCAAAAACAUUGCUUCUUGCGAACUUAUGCAAGAUCUAAAAAUGGUAAUCAACAAUUGCUUAUAUAUUUGAAGAAUAUAUAAGCCCUACCAUUUAGUGUACCAUACAUGUCAUAAAAAAGAAAAUCCAAUUAAAAUAUUAGCCAACACUGAAGAUCAUUGCCAGAUUAAUGUCCGAUUCCACAGACAUUUUGUUUGGUUUUUACAGUGACAGUUUAUGAAAUAACAACAAUUAUUAUGACACACAAUUCCAAACUUUUGAACAGUAGUGUGGUUGAUAUAUGGGUGAAAGGUCCCAUGCGAAAAACCAGACCGGCCUGAAAAAGAGGAGACACGGGAACUUUGGCGAGACAGACCGGCCUUUGAGUGCGAGAGGCGACUCAGCAGUUUAGGGAAAGUGAAUCAUGGAUCACGUUUGGACUUAUCAGUGGGGAAAGGGUGAAUGGGGCAAUAAAGGAUAAAAGGGAGAACUGAGGAAUGGAAAGAAAAGAGCGGAGAAAGCUCAUGCUGUCUCAUUAACUGACUCAGCACUCGUCACCGCAGCCUUUCCACUCCCACACACACCAGCACACCAGCAGACUUACCAUAAUGGUGUUCGUCAUGCGUAUGUGUGUGUGGAACCGGUGCGUUAGCAGGUCAACCACUUGCAUCAUUUUUCCCAGUAGGGAGUGGAAUACCAGCAUCCUUUACCAGAAAUUUCGCUGUACGCUGUUUAAAAAUGUGUGUGGUUAUUUUUAUGAUAAAUUUUCAGUACAAAAAAUGUCCCAAAUAUAAUGCAAAUCUCUAGAGGACCAUCUAUAAGGUUCUGACUAUUGAAAAUGCUUUUUACAAAAGCUAAAUGUACAGUGUCUUAAAGGGUCCAUGCAUUAUAUUUUUUAUAUAUUUUAUUUGUAUGACAUUAUGCCACACGAGGUCCAGUUAUUCCCCCUUAGAUUCAUUUAUGCCCCUCUGAUGUUGCUUUCUUGCACAAGAGCUCCCUGAGGUCAUAUUAUGCUUCCAGAUGACCAUUUAUUUCCCCCUGAGCUUUAACAAAAGCUCCAUGUUUCAUUUCUUAAAGGGCUUAUAUUCAGUAUUUUUCUUGUAUUUUAUUUUUACCCUUUGAGUUCCACAUAUGCUCUUUGAGGCCUGUUUAUGCUCCCUGAAGUCCGCUUAUGUCAAAAGACAUCCACUUAUGGUCCCUGAGGUCUUCUUAUAUUCUCUGCGAUGCCACAUAUGCCCUCUGAGCUGCCAAUUAUGCAUACAUGGGAUCUCAUGGGGCAUAAGGGGUUCUUAUAGAACAUAAGUGGAUGUCUGGGGGCAUUCAGGAAGAAUAAAUGCACCAUGCGGUUCUGUUGUGCAGAAUGAGUUUUUUUAUGUCCCCCAUGAGUUCCUUCUUAUGCCCCAUAAGGUCCUAUUAUUGUCUCUAAGGUUCACUCAUGCCCCCUGAGGCACUUGUGGCCCUUGAAGUCCACUUAUACCCCCUGAGGUUCUCUGUAUGUGUGUGUUCACUGCAUGGAUAAGUUAAAAGCGGAGGCUAAAUUCCAUCUGAGGUCUAUAUAUAUGGUUUCUGAGGUCCACCUAUGCCCUCAAAAGCUUAUGUAUGUGUCAAACCAGUGUCAUAUUACUGUAAAAUAGAAAAUAUUAGCAUUUGAUGCAAACAUAAUGUUACAUUUCAAAUCAAAACUCAACAUCUGUUUAAUGUUUGAGUCCAACAUCCUUGACCCCUGUUCCUGAGGUCCAUGCAAGACAUUGGCAUAAAUGUAAUGUGAAAUGCUCCUUAAGACAUUAAAGGGUGGAGCUAAACUGCUAUAGGGAAAAUAGGUAGAUAGUGAACAAAAACAUUUAUGCACUAUAAACUGGUUUUACUUUUAGCUUCCAUUCAUAAAUUAUAAGCAUGGGGAAAUAAGCGAUGCGUUUUGAAACCAUAACAGUGGUUUAUAGGUUACAUCAAAGCCUUUUAUUUAUAGAAAGCAAGAUUUUAAUAUGAUCCGGGCCCUUAAAACUGAAAAGAUAAAAGCAUAUCUUUUUUUAUUGCUGAGGUUAAGGUUAGGAUUAGGUUAGAUUGGAUACGCAUGUACGUAUUAUACAUAUGGGACAAACGUGUGAACCCACGUUCGAAUGUGUGUGUAGAUGUGUGUGUGUGUGUGUGUGUGUGGGGGUGUGUAUUGCACCCUAUUGCCGCUAAUAAAGAAGGGAGUGGAUUUUUUUUCAUGUACAAAAGUCAUGUGUGUGUAAGUGUGUCUUUGUAUAUUUCGAUUGUGUAAUAUUUAUUAAAUGUUUUAUUUAUUUCUGUGUUUUUGGUACAGUCUGGUUGUUUUUUGCUUCAGUGUUUGAAUAAAGCCGUGUGUAAAGGCUG